AUGGGUUACACAAACUACUACAAUUAUCUCGUAGUAACUUUUGUUGCUUUGGGAAGCUUUACCUAUGGUUUCAACUCUGCAAUCAUGGGGUUAGUCAUUGGACUUCCCGAAUUCUUUCGUUACUUCAAUAUAAACCUAGAUGAUGAUACCGGAAGUUCAAUCACAGGUGCUACCAAUGGGCUUUACUCUGGUGGAGGUGCGAUAGGAUGUAUUUUCGUCCCAUGGCUCUUAGGGGCAGUUGGCCGGCGAAAGACGAUACAAAUCGGCUCAGUGGUUGCGAUUAUCUCGGCUGCUUUACAAUCUGGAAGUGUUCACAUUGCCAUGUUUCUUCUCGCGCGUUUCCUUAACGGGGUCGCUGUAGGCAUGCUAAAUACUUCCAUUCCAGUCUUCCAAUCCGAAGUCUCACUGGCGCAAGAGCGUGGGCGCAUGGUUGGUACUCAUGGCGUUCUGGUAGUCACUGGGUACAGUGUAGCUGGUUUUGCAGGUUUUGGAACAUACUACGCUCGACCGGAAAUUACCUGGAGGCUCUGCCUGGCACUUCAAAUCGUGGCUCCGCUGUUGCUCAUGCUUGGAUCUCCUUGGCUUCCCGAAUCGCCUCGCUGGCUGGCACUGAAAGGCCGUCACCAGGAAGCGUACACCACUCUAAAAGCACUGCAUGCCCGGGGUGAGAACAGCUCAGACCAGGUUGCAAAAGCAGAAUUCUGUCAAAUUGUACAGCAGCUUCAGUUCGAGAGGGCCACAGCUGCACCUAAUAGCUGGAUCUCAAUUUUCAAGGCACCGAGCUACCGUAAAAGACUGCUUCUCGGAUUCGGAGUCCAAUUUAUUGCUCAGAGCACUGGAGUACUAGUCGUCAACAACUACCAAGUUUUACUCUACAACUCCCUUGGUAUCAGCGGGUCACUGCCCCUUCUCCUGAAUGGUGUUUAUAACGGCAUGGCGGCGUUCAUGAACUGGAUCAACUCCUUGUUCCUUGACCGACUUGGACGGAUACGUAUCAUGCUGAUAGGACUUACAGGCUGCGUGUGCUCUCUGAUCGGCCUCACGGCCAUUAUCGCCGAGUUCAGCGGUACCUCCAACCGGAUCGGGAACGGAUUUGGGGUUUUCUUCCUCUUCCUAUUCGUCUUUUUCUAUGGUGGCACCAUGGAUGCGACUUCCUACGUCUAUUGCGCCGAGAUCUUCCCUACAUCCGUUCGCGCGCAGGGCAACGGUUUUAGCGUCGCCGGACUCUUUACCGCAACCUUGAUAUAUACGCAAGUGGCCCCGACAGCCUUUGCGAAGAUAGGGUGGAGAUACUAUCUCGUGUUCAUCAUUAUACCGACAAUUGGCGCGCUGUUCAUGUGGCGAUUCUUUCCAGAGACAAAAACAUUGAGCUUGGAGGAAAUCUCAGGCCUGUUUGGCGACGAUGUGGCCUCUGACAUUACGCAGCUCAGCGAGCGCGAAAGGACUGGAUUUGACUCUACCUUGGAAGAAAUCCUGGACUCUGUUCUUGGUACUGCGAGCACACCGCCUCAGGGACUCCCUGGUAAGGACAUUGGCCUGAAGAAUGUGCAUAUCGAGAGAACUAAGGACUCAGGCAAUGAUGUUGUUUAA